AUGGUGUUUUUGCCAACCCUAGCAAAUAGUUCUGCUAUGCGUGACGACGAAUUUGAUGUUAGUCAGACUUACUUAUGCAUUAUCCCUGGCUUGGAAGGACAUCAUGAUCGUUUCCGUGUUUUGUGUGAACGCCUGAAAGUCCCUGCAAUAAUAUUGCAGCCGGGACUUGAUCGCCCUGAUGAAACUAUAUCUAAUCUGGCUCAGCGAUAUGCCGAGAUACUAUUAAAGAAGGCUCCACUGAAAGAAAACUUUUAUCUCUUGGGUUACGAAAGCGGAUCUUUAGUGGCAUUAGAAAUGGCUGCUAUUUUAGAAGAUCACGGUUUCACCGGGACCGUGUUUUUGGUCGGAGAAUCUCCAGAAAAAAUCCAAAGCGCUAUAAAUGAACGUCUUAAGGAGUAUGACUCUGAUGAAGCAUUACAGCUAGCAGUCGCAAGACAUAUGGUCAAGUUAAUGAUAGGUGGUAGAACAGAUGAAUUAGAAACCGCUCUAUGCGGUGCAUCAACUUGGCAAGAAAAAGUUGAAGCAUGUCUUCGCUCCAUCUUAGGCCGAGUAUCACACUCUGUACAGUACGCACAAGAACUUAUAGAAUCUGCAUAUGGUAGAAUUAAGCAAGUGCAGUGUUAUAAUUUGAAAGUAAAAGAACUGCGAUCUAAAUUAGUAUUAAUACGAGCAGCAUCGUCCACAGCCAAUCCUGAAGCGCUUUCCUUGCAACGUCAUUCACAGCAACCUAUUAGCGUAUAUCAAUUGCGAGCUCCUUUAGCUUAUACUACUGCGGAUUUGCGAUGCUCUGCUAUUAUUAACAGCCAUCUAAAUAACGAAAUAUUGGAGGCGUUUGAAAAGAAAAAUCUCUGUGACACUUACCUGCUUAACACUCAAUUAUUUGUGACAAUGGAUGAAUCUUAA